CCCUGACCUCUUCAAAUAGACGGAAUAUGAGCAAUAAUCCCUUCCGUCGCAUUGGCUACACCUUAGGACCCGGUAACCGAGGCAGAACAAAGAGCAAUUCGACGAAGUUGCUUCCUGGUAAAGGACAACAUCAAACAUCCUCGAGUAAAAGCAUGGAUGUGCCGCCUACUGGCGGAGGAGGGGACAAGCAGCACGGGAGGAGACCUACGUCUUCUAGCAGAUCUCCCGAUAAUAUCAAUGAAGAAAUAAUCGAUGAGAUAUUCGCUAAAUGUCUUGCACGGAACAAAAAGCAUAUUACAGGAGCAGCUUUGUUCAGCAGAGAUUUCUUGGAGAUUAAUUCUGGAUCGUCCUGUUCUCAUUCUGCUUCUGCUGCAACGCCUUUGAUGGAAUCACGUGAACUGCCGAAAAACAUCGACGCAGACGCUUUUAGUGCUGCGGCAAACAAGUACCAGGAUCAGCAGCAGCACACCUCGGCCAUUGUUCCUGCAUUAAGAACAGCACUAAGGACCAACCAGAGGAGCAAGCGUACUCCUGCUCGCCGUGAACGAGAGUACCGUUCUUCAACCACGUCUUCUUGGCUCAAAAGCAGAUUUCGGGGAACGCAUGUUGGUGGGAAGGGAAAUAGUGUCGUUUCUUCGCAGCAACCUGGAGACGUAUCAUACUCCGAGAGCCGGGUUAGCGCAUCACUCAAGGCUCGUAGCAAAAGCCGUGAUAUCUUAGACGCGGCAAGGCUGGUUGUUUCGUGAAUCAUAGAGGUAAAUUUCCUAUUCUUUUUUCCCAUUUCAUAUAAAUAUUUUCUGUUUCUAAUACCUCAGUAACUGCUUGAUACUGUGUCUUCUUCUUUCGCCAGUGUCUUUGCGGACGACAAAAAACGCAAUCGGUUGAGUAAGUACCUUCCGUCUUUACAUUAGUCGUGCCAACAACGCUUUUCGCUGAAUACAGCGUCGCGUAAUCAUGAAGUCUUUUUCUUUUC